ACAUUCGUUUUGACCUACGUAGGCCACCGUAGUCGUAGCCUAUGACCCGCCUCCUGUUUCAACUAUCAAAAAAAAUUAAAAUAAAUAGGAAAGAAACACCACUAAUGGUCACACUUGACAACAAAGCGACUCCGAGACGACUUCAAAUGAAACAUUUACCCGAACUUAAUUCCUCCUGACUUUUACGACGCUCGUAUUCAGUCUGGAAGAAUGGUGCGUUCAUUGUCAUGUCUGCUGUACUUGUUGUUAGUAGUAGACACUCACAUGACUACAGCCGAAGAGAGACCGAGGCGGCGGCUGACGUUGACCGAGGAUGAGGCGAGCCAAGCGGACUCAGUCGCCCACGACAACACGGUGGAGCUGAGACACGCCAGGCUGUCAGGCACACCUGAGCCGGGGGACCAGGCUGCCGCGUUUAGGGUCCCAACACUGAGUGGGGAGUUUGUGUACCAGCCUGGAGCUGAGCGUGGCUCUGUGGUCAUCCACGCUUUCACCAACAAGUCAGCCUUCCUGGAGUGUCUGUGGAGCACCGAGGCAUCCCUGUCCAGCCUUGUUGAGGGCCUGCCGGCAAGUGCUCAGGUUCUCUUCCUCUCAUUUGACGACUCUUCCGUGACCGAUGCUCUGUGGAUGCGGGAGCGAGUAUACGACGCCGCCAUGAAGAACAGUCAAAAGGAGGUUCUGUCCAGGCUUCAUUUCUCUCCCGUGCCGGUUUUUGGUCUGGGAAACUGGAUCCCCAGUGUUCUGUACUCCUGGGCCUGCAAGGGUCACAACUGCGGCCUGGCCCAGGCGGUCUUCACCUCCAAAGGGUGGAAGAUGCCGGUGAUCGUCAAGCGACUGGACGCAAGAUACGAUUGGCUCAUGGGACGCUGGGGUCAGGAGUGGUAUCAGCUGAGGGAUGCAGGGGAUGGGUGUGAGCCAUCGCCCUCUGUGGCGGGCUCUGUGGCCUGGCUGUCUGAGAGGAACUGCUCCUUCUUCACCAAGAUCCAAAACAUGGCUAAGUCCAACGCCUCGGGUGUCCUGGUCUACGCUGAGCCCGGUAACUCCAUCCAGGAUAUGAACUGUAUCGGGGAUGAGUGUUUGUCGCCGCUGGGCCUACCCGCUGCCAUGGUGCACCUGGAGCCUUUCGUUGCCCAAGCGCUACGGUUUGGCUUGCCGGUCAAUGUGUCUUUCCAGACCACGCCCUCCCAAAACUUCUUCAUCGGCAUUGACCAACAGGGAGCGCUGGCCGAGAUGGGCUGGUUCCUUUACCCCACGUUCAGCUUUGUCAACUGGCAAGCACAGUGGUUUGACUUCUACGCAGAUCUGCAGCUCAAACUUGAGUCACCUGCAACUGUCAUUCCCGUCUUUGACAAAGUCCAAAUGCAUGGGAACAAAGGCGCUGUGGCUGUUGUCAACAUGCCGCCAGACUUGUUGGACUUUGACACACUGCUGCUGGACGCGUCCUUGUCGUGUCCUGGCAGGAGAGACUCUUCCUGCCCUCCAUGGGAUCACACAGUGCAGCUGUUUGUGUGCUGCGAUCACCUCGGACCUUACUGCAACGUGGAGCUGGGCCGCUGGAUCACAGCUUUCCGAAGAGGUAUCGGUCACUGGCAGACGGACGUCUCUCCCCUCAUUCCUGUCCUGGACGCCAGCAAGUGUAUGUUCACAAUGAAGACAGUCCCGUGGGCGAUGCCAUGGAUCGUCUCCCUCAACCUGAGAUUCAGCACCGCCAACCUCACAAGCAAUCACACUGAGAAGCUCCGCCCCUUCCGGGUGAUGUCACUGUACAGCGGUGGAACCUUUAACAGGACCUACAACAAGAGGUACCUGCCCAUCAUGUUUCCCGUCCCAGCGUCCACCAAGAAGGUGGAGCUGUACGCCGUCAUCACGGGACACGGCAGCGACGAGAAUGGCUGCGGGGAAUUUUGUGUCACUUCCCAUCACUUCCUGUUUAACGGCGUCCACAACAACAGUCACACAUUUGACUCUGCGGGAUCGGCGCUGGGCUGCACAGAGCGAGUAAAAGAUGGCGCUGUGCCCAAUGAACAUGGCACCUGGCUGUACGGGCGAGGAGGCUGGUGCGAUGGACUUCAGGUCGAUCCCUGGAGGGUUGAUGUCACCAGACAGUUGGAACUGAGCGGCUUCGAAUCCAACACGGUGCUCUACUUUGGCUUGUUCGGCGGCAAGGAUCCAGACCCGUCUCAACAGCCGGGUUAUAUCAUCAUGUCCUCUUUUCUCAUCUUCUACAAAUGAUUAAACUUUUAUUUUUCAUACUGCUUCCUGCUUGUACCUGUUUUACCCCCGAAGAAGAGGAGAGCAUCUUGUCCUUGCUUUCCUCCAGAGGACGUGAUGCGUUUGGGGUCAUGGAAAGGAAACAUGUGUCUUCUGAUGUGUGAUGAAAGUUUAUUUUUGUACUUUGUGUGUCCUAGUUGGCAACCAUUUAGGAGUGAUGUUUCUUUUAACUAAUAGUUAUGUCAUAGAUGUGCUGUAUGUUAAGCAUUUUCAAGCAUAAAAAAUAGCUAAAUGAGCUCUAAUAAAAAAUACAUAAAUUUAUGUCUGAUAUAUACUAUUUAGAAGAUUUUCUACUAUGAUUUUUUUUUCCUUUUAUUAAUAUUGAAUCCUACUUCAGAAAUUCACUUAUGGUUGGUCUAGAACCAAUUAACUGUGACAAACAAGGAACGACUGUAUAACAAAACCCUGCAGGGUCAGUUUAAUGUUACUAGAAUGGUCAUAAUUCUUAUUAUUAUGUUCUAAAACUAGUGGUACUUAUAUAAUUUAUUACAUCAAUAAAUGGCAUAUUUUCUUUGUUCAAAGCAAGGUUUAAUUACUGUUAAUUUUUGAAAGGU